AAUCGUAGAUUUUCUCCAACGAGUCAAUCACAAAAACGCGCAAGCGCCGCGUCAUUAUUAAAACUCGUCAGUUUUAAAACAAGGGCAAGGACGUGGAAGUAGAAACGGUGGAGCGUCGAUGGAGAAGACGAGAACACGCUCGACUCUUUCCCCCAAGUAAAUAUCGUCAUGUGAACAUUUCAAACACAAUAAUCGGCGCAUUCUCUCGCCAACGAUUGUGACAAUCAAAUUACGCUUUUAGACGCGUCUAAAUCGUAUACGAGUAUUUCGAAAAACUGUUGUUCACUCGUCUUAGGUGCAGCAAGUACAGUUUCUAAGGGGCAGACCUGUUUCGCGCUGACUUGCGCAAAGACGAUUUAUGCGUAGAGCUACGAGCGAGCGAGGGGAAAGAGAGGGAGGAAGAGAAGGAGAGGAAUUGCGAGGGCAGCGAUAAUCGGUGCACGUAUGGUGGGAGUGAAACCGUUCGCGGGAUCGGCGGCGAAGGGCUCGCUUGAGGAAAACAAGUGCAUAGACGUCACGGAGCUCGCGUUUCUCAGCGAUACCGUGCGAAAUCGAGCAAUCUCUCCUCGCAUAGGUUGCGCCGCGUCGACCAAGUGCACCAGCAGCCAGUGCGCGAUACACCUGUGCGGCCGAGCCAGCUAGGCUGCACGAGAGAGAAUGUCGAGCGCAGGUGUACGCGAGUGUAGGUAGACAGGCAGGCGAGAUUCGUGAAUGCCCGGAGGGGAAUCCAUUCCAAGUGUGUGUUGCCGUCAAUUUCGAGACAUUGUGGCGGCCGGAUACGCGCCAGGCGAAAUCGCGACCGACAUUCCGCAGACUCCCGGGCAGACAUCCACGAAAGUGAAGUCUGAAGUUGGCGGCUCAUCGAGGAGAGCCUUGUGAGCAGACGAGGCUGACGGCUGGACGGUUGGCUGCGUCGAAAGGAGAACGUCAACGGGAACGUGGCGGAGUAAACGGGACCAGGCAGGUCGUGUCGGGCGCGCGUAUGCUGCAUCGUUCGGAGAGGAGCUCGCGAAUGGAGGCACGGGUCGACAUAUGAAUGGUGUCGCGGUCACAGGGACACACGCGUUCGUGAAUCCGGACAAGAUGUCAACGACAUCCACCAAUGACAGUAGCUUGGUCGUGGAGGGUUCCAAGGAAGGCACGCCGAUUUUCCUGCAGACUCGCGCGGCCCAGUGUAUCGCUGGUGUAUUCGUAUGGGUGGCACUCUUUCUCACUUGCCAACAGAUCUAUCAACAUUUGAGGUGGUACACGAAUCCGACGGAGCAGAGAUGGAUAGUGCGGAUUCUCUUCAUCGUGCCCAUUUACGCCACGUACUCUUGGCUUUCGCUGUUGUUCUUCAACAGUGAGAGCUACUACGUUUAUUUCUUCACAGUACGGGACUGUUAUGAGGCGUUUGUUAUAUAUAACUUUCUGUCGCUAUGCUACGAGUACCUAGGCGGUGAGGGCAACAUUAUGUCCGAGAUCAGGGGAAAACCUAUACGUUCGAGUUGCCUUUAUGGGACUUGUUGCCUAGUUGGGAAGACAUACACCAUCGGCUUUCUGAGAUUCUGCAAACAAGCCACUCUGCAGUUCUGCUUAGUUAAACCAGUGAUGGCAUUUGUCAUUAUAUUUCUGCAAGCCUUUGGCCACUACAGAGACGGAGAUUGGUCCCCCGAUGGCGGUUACAUCUACAUCACCGUAAUUUACAAUAUCAGCGUGUCGCUUGCACUUUAUGGGCUGUUUCUGUUUUAUUUUGCUACAAGAGACCUGUUGACGCCGUUCGAGCCUGUGCUGAAGUUUUGUACAGUGAAGAGCGUGAUCUUCUUGUCAUUCUGGCAAGGAGUCCUACUAGCUAUUUUGGAAAAGGCGAAUGUCAUCUCACCCGUUAUAAAUAGUUUGGGUCAAUCAACGAGUGCAGGAACAGUUUCUGCUGGUUAUCAAAACUUCUUGAUUUGCAUCGAGAUGCUGUUUGCUGCUAUAGCUUUACGGUACGCAUUCCCGUACCAAGUAUACGCAGCUGGCUGUGUUACGGAUUCCAGAGGUAGAAGCGUGACGAUGCAGAGCAUCAGUAGUAGUUUAAAAGAAACAAUGAAUCCAAAAGAUAUUAUGACCGAUGCCAUCCAUAAUUUCCAUCCACAGUACCAACAGUAUACGCAGUAUAGCGCCGGGGGCCCGAAAGGACAACGUGGUAUGCGAGUAUCCAGCUUCGAUCCGGACGAUCCGCAAAACAUGCCGGUACCACCACCGCAAAGGCGAAACACUUCUCAUCAGCGUGUCGCCACGAUUUCGCAAAACUAUAACGAGAAAACGAUGUUGCUGAGCAGCGACGACGAAUUUCAAUAAGGCGUACGCAGGACUCGUGCAUUAUACAGACACGUAAACGGAAACAGUUCAGAGAAUACGAGCUAAAUUCGAGAGAUGUAUGUUGACGAACACAUUGACAUUAUUAACAUGAACGCGGGACUUCCAUGAACUUCUAGAAAUCUGCUUUCAAUGAAGAAGAAGACAAAAAGAUACAUUUAUCAUAAGCGAAUUGCGCGAUGCGAACUUAAUUAUUAGGUAGGAACACGACUCGCUCACACGGGAUACAAAUGACAGAUUUAAAGGGAGAGGAAAUGAAUAAAGGAGGAAAGGAAAUGUCGCACGCACGCGCACACGGACGCACGUGGCGUAAGCAUGCGUUACACCGCGCUGUAAUAGAGUUCCAUAAUGUUACAUCCAUGUUAAUAUAUGUAUUAUGUUAUAACAUACGAGUAUAGUAUAGAAGAUAUUUAUUUUAAUAUGCUGAGACGUGUUUGAAGCAGUGUUAUUCUAUAUAUCUGUGGCUCUACUACGACACUGUAACAGGUGUUUAACACGCACGAUAAAGCUUACACUUCGUGACAAAGUAAAUGUAAUUGUAUAGUACUUAAUUUUACGGAAUCACGUUUACGCGUGCCCGUCGCGAUUCUUUCGUUUCGAUGAAUACGUCGGUCCUCGCCCUUAUUUACACUUUUGUAUUUUGUUUUUACUUAAGGAUCAAAUCUCGCGCGAUAUCGCGUCUGUCUCUCCGUAGGAACUUGAGCCACACACAUACAACAUACACAUACACAAAAAGAAGAAAAAUCUUUGCGUCCUUCUCUACAGUCCUAUGAAAUUAUUCCUUUCUUAGUCUUACGAAAUUCGUACGUGUAUAUAUACCAUUGAGAAUUAUAUCUGAGAAAAGAUACAGAGCGGACUUCUCCUUGAAGCAUCCGUUGCGCCGAUAGGAGCCUUUAAAUAUAAAAGAAAAGAAAGAAUAUAACGAACACUAGCAAGAAAGUGCAAAAACAAUUGAUGAGUAUUGUGUCAGAUAUGAAUAAAUAUUUGGUAUUUGGUG